AAUCGUCAAGUGUACAUGAGUACAUGUGAUGUGGGUGGCCUCCGCAAUGGCAGCGACUGUAACGCUCUUCAGCAUCAGCGUUAUUUAUUUAUUGUUAGAAGCGUAAAAGUACUGCUAGUCGUAGCUGCAAACCAAACAUGCACUGGCCGUCGUGCAUGUGCUUAUGCAUCCUCUCACUGUCAGCUGUGGAUGUAUAUACUUGCCAGAUUGUGCAAUUCUUAUUGAAUUUAAUUAUGUAACCCUGUCGCAGCUUCGAACUGCCGGCUCAGUACUAGUAUACGUGCACACAGCGCCGUUCAACGCUGACCAUUUGCAUUGUUUUUGUUGUACGGAUACAUUUGUUCUGCAGCUACUACAUAUCGGGGACACGUUGUUCACAUCCCAUGAACAGGAUGAACUGGAUGUCGUGAACACUCCCAACGGCCGUGCCCUUUUCACUUCCAGCUGAAAAUUCAGCCUAAUAUGAGUCUCCGCGAGGGAUCGCCAAUCUGUCGAAUUGGCUCCGGUCCGGAAGCCAAUCAGCUGCAUAAUGGCAUUUGUACUGUAACUCUGGAGAGUGUCAGCUAAUUAAUUAAUUACGUCCAAACACUCGCUCAGACUACAAGGAUCUUGCUAGCAGUAGUCGCAUAAUCGCCAUCACUUCUACCUUUCAACGCAACCGUGGACACAUUUAGCGCAGCAACGUGCCAGUUCACAAAAAAUCAAGCGAUUCCGAUUUCAUUGAAAUCGCUACUGGGAAGGGGAACGCAGUUAGCCUGACCCGGACCUGGACUCGGACACAUAUAUAUAUACAAUCGAUGCAGAUCUGUUUAAGGACGCGCUAUCAUCAUCGUCAUUCAGUUGGACGCUAACCAGUAACCCCGCAAUUUGCAACACGGCAACAGCAUCCGGUCGUUUUAUGCAGCCACGACACUGACAGCGCAGAAUUCAGCAGCGGAUGCCGGAUGUUCAGCAACGACAAGGAGUACCGGGCUGGUAAGGAGUACUGACACCAUAUAUCCGGCACGGCACCCUUGAGUCUGGAGCACUGCUGCAUUUGGCUGUAGCGUGGGACAUUGCUGCCAGACCGCGAGCGGCUGCAGACUACUGGCCUUGGUCAACGUCGGCAAGCAUGCAAGCCGAUCACGUGACCAGCACGGAGGAGGGCCGCCCUCCCGCCCGUCGCGAUCGGGAUAAGGCCGGCCUCAAAGGGAUUUUUGAAACCCUCUCGCGUCGCCGGGGCCGCCUGAGCCGAAUGCUGUCCAGUUCGGCAGACACUUCCGCCACGCUCAGCGACCGAUGGGACCUGACCGGCGCGACGCCGGUCCCGGUGCCGGUGGACUACAGCUCCGACCACUGCAGUGCCAGUGCAGCGUUCCUGUCCGCCACGACACCGCCGGUCGCCACUUCCGGCUACCGCGCUCCAGCCAGCGCUCCGUGCAACACGAUCUGCGUGUUCGCCGACGAGCACAUUUUGCCCGACCCCGCUGCCAUCUCUGCGCACGCCGCCGGCCAGCAACCCCACCGGAAGGUGCAGCGGAGCCCACCGGAAAUAAGUCGGACGAUUUCCAAUCCGCCCGACCAGCGCCCCUCCACGAAGCCGGCUGCCGGGGACACUUGCGACUGGGGUUCGGAAUUCAGCGACUCCGAUAGCGUCGACAGCGCUGACGGAGUCCGCCCGCUGUCGUUCUCCGACACCCACAUCCGGCGGAAGCAUCAUCUUGGUUCACAACUGUACGCCGGCUCAUCGCCGGCAGACGGCAACGCUCUGCAGCGCCACAUUCCCACCGACCGCGAUAUGUCAAAUGCGAAGCCGCCAGAGCGCACGCCGAUGCGCACUGAAGAGCACGCGGAAUGGCUGCAGGAUGAGCUAGCGACCUACGCCUGUCCCGAGGCCAUGGAUGCGCAGGACGCCGAUCCCCAACAACUUGAAGAAAAUAUCUACGAAUUACCGGACGAGCAGAAAGCGGCACUGGUGGCCUCCAUCGUCCAUGGAUGGCGCACCAGCGACGCAGCGUUUCCCCUUGGAGACUCCGAGCUGGACUUUGUCCCACCGUGCCAUCCCUCCCUGCCUCUCGCGGCCAUUCAGCCGGGACAGCUUAACACGGUCCGCGCGGCUGCAGGAAACGCUCGGGCAUGGCCGGUGCAGACCGGCGAAAACAUCCCGGCGGGUCCUAACGUGGACGUCGAAAGGUCAGAAUUCUGCCCGCCCAAGCCCGCAUUCCCCACCCCUGAUGAGGCGUGUAGGCCGAAUGGGGCGAGUGCCGGUAUUGCCCAUAGCGGGCAAAGGACACGCAGUGUCGGUGACAUGUCCGCGCUCUGCAGCGGGCUGGCUCCGGGACUGCAAGUGGCGGCCCGGCUGAACCAGUUGCUGGCCGCCCGGUUGAGCGUGCCGGAGCCGAGCACUGCCAGUCCGCACUCGCUGCCGCUGCGCAAAGCCUCACUGCCCACCUCCAGCCUGUACGGCGCCCCUCCGCCAGCCAACGCCAGGAGUCCUUCCGGACACUACAACGUGGCCUUUCGCGCCGGCAGUAUAAACACAGGGGCCGGUGGCCCCCUUCCGGUGGCGGCCGAAUCAGCCGGCGGUGUGGCAGAGAACAGCGAUCCCGACAGCACCUACACGGACACGCGCCAACGCCCGGCCGUGCCGGCCAAGCCGACGAUGGGCCGGCUGCUGGCGGCGCCCUCGGAGGACCCGCUCGACGUCUUUCCCUGGUACCACGGCAGCAUUGACCGCGCCGAGACUUGCCGGCGGCUGCUCCGCGUCCCCAUUGACGGCGCCUUCUUGGUGCGGCGCAGCUGUAAGGGCGGCAAGCGCUUCGCCAACCCCUAUUCCUUGUCUCUCAACUGCGCCGGCCGGGUCUUCCACCUGACCAUCAGGCGGCGUGCUGACGGCGGCUUCGCGCUGGGAUUCGAGAAGACCGGUGAACAGGUCUUCGCUGGCGUGGACGCCAUGAUCGAACACCAUUUGCGGAAUCCCGUGUGCCUUGCGGAAUGCGAUAAGGCGGUCGUUUUGGUGAUGGUUUUGACAAAAACCGUUGUCUGCUGACCGCUCCAUCCCAGUCCCAGCUACUGCAAAUCCCUUGAUUCUGCAUCACGCGCAACUCACACUGUGUUUACGAUACAUAAUACGCAGCAAAAUUAUUGCAUACAUUUUCUGUGUUUCAUGAGCAUUUCCUCUGUGCUCACCGACGAUACAAUGCUGUACAUGUGCUGUUAUUCAUGCGUUAUUCGGCAACGGUGUCCGCAGAAAUGAUUAUUAUUCCGGCAGUAAAACGACAUUUAGAGUUUGUUAAAAAAUAAAUUGUGUUUACUUGAAUUCCUGCUUUUAAAUUUAAAUUUUUUCUAUUGAACAAAGUAUAUAUGGCAUUGUGGGAGUACUAGUAGCACUGGCGCUGCUAACAAAAAUUAUCAUCUUU